AUGUUUUCCGAAGAAACCCCAAACUCCAACAUCUCAAUCAAACAAGAAUCAGAUGAGCGACCAAACUCACCAAACACACCAGAAAAACCUGUAAUUGCACAAUUACAGGCCACAGGAAAGCAGAAAAUUAAGAAUGAAACUAGCUGGACUAACAGCUCUAGAAGUUAUGUGUGCGAUGAAGGGAAAUCAAUCGAUGGAUGCAUCCAUACAUGUGAUAAUUACCAACAGAUGAAGGACUGUGCUGUGGCCCAUGAGCAGAUUGUCGGUGUUCCAGCUGGUGACAAGAUGAAGGACUGUGCUCUGGCCGAUGAGCUAAUUGUUGGUGUCCCCGCUGGUGACCAGGCCUAUCAUGAAAACAUCAAAACUGAGCAUGAGGACUCAUAUGCUGAAAUACAGUGUAAUGUUUGCCACAAUAUGUCUAAUCAGACUCUUCUAUUGCAAUGUGAUUUAUGUGACUCUUCUUCACAUACAUACUGUGUUGGUUUGGGUGACACUGUACCUGAGGAUGACUGGAUUUGUCAAAACUGUACUGAGCAUGCCGAGGAUGAGCAGGAUCUCAAAGCUGUUGGUCUAAGUGGCAUUGAUUCCCAUUCUGGAAGUAAAAAUAGAUGCCAUCAAAAUGUUUCAUCAACUGAAGCCAAUUUAUCUAUUCAUGAUAUUGUCAGAGAAUCAGGUCCUUAUAAUGUUGAGAGAUCCUUACCAAAUCAAAGUCGUUCGCCACUAACUAAUGCUGGUGAUGAUAGAACGGUCCUCAUCAGUUGUCGGAAUAGGGAUAGUCGAACACGUGCAUUGCGUGAAAAUUGGGAUAAAAUCAAACAGGGAUCCUUGAGCUUUUCUUCAUUUCCCAUUAUUAAACCAGGUGAAUUAUCAUGUGGUACUUCAUCUGCAACGAAAUCAUCCACCUCCGACAUCAUAUCUGAUCAAGCCACACAAGAUAUUAAAAAGGCAUGGAAGAUGAUGAAAGCUGCGAAGUCUGUUGAAAAGAAGAAGUAUACCAACACCAUUCCUUGUCCCUCUAAUGGUUCAAAGCAUCCAUUGACUAAUACUGAAACUCCAAAACAUUUUCCUAGUGUGAGGUCAAUGCUUCCCUCAUCACGUCACAGCGGAGAUAAGGAUAAAGAUUGUAAGAAUCUUAAGAGGCCUUUUCAGGGUUGUGCUACAGAAAAAUGUCAUGAUAAUGAUAGAAUAUAA